ACUCCCUUUUUUUCCCCCCUCCCUUCCCUCCCCCCCUCAUCGCUCGCGCUCGAGCCUGAGUCGCGAGACUGGCUGCGGCGGCCACGUAGCGCUGCGGCGGCGGCGGCUGAGGGGAGCGGGAGCCGCGUCCGGCGGCGGCGGGGCCUGGGCCUGAGGCGGCAGCUACGCGAGCGCGGCGGCGGCGGCGGCUUCGGGGGCUGAGCGGGAGGGAGGGCCCCUGGCGCCCGCCCCCCUCCCUCCCUCUCCCCCACCGCCCGGCAUGGACGGCGGCGGAGGUGGCCAAGAGGGGCUCGGCCUGGAUAAAAUGUUUGGAGGUUGGCUGACUGCUUUCUUCAGAAGAAUAUUUACUACAGCUCUGCUUUUGCCAUAAUACCAGAAUUCUGUGAUCUAAGCUUCAGUGCUAAACACCAGGAGAGAGUUGUAUUUUAGUCAUACUGUCUAGAUGGAACAGGCAUCAUCUUGAAAGCCCAUUGUAUUUCACAGCUGCUUAUUUGAUUUUUCUGGGAUCAAAGGCCCUCAAUGAAUCAGGGCCCCCCCAAUGAGUCAAACAGCCAAUUCUUGCCAACAGCUGGUUGAAAACAGUGCCGUGCAUGUAGCAGGGAUGGCGCAAGAGGAAAGCCGUCGUGGUCAAGUGCCACCCACAUUUUAUCAUGCUGCCGGUCAGGAACUUGAUCUGUCCACCAAAGUGUACAAAAGAGAGUCAGGAAGCCCUUACUCUGUGUUGGUGGACAGCAAAAUGAGUAAACCACAUCUCCAUGAAAGAGAGGAGGAGCCAUAUUUCAGGGAGAACAGAUCGGUGGGGGAGGUCCGGGCUGUGAAAGAAGAUAGAGAGAACUCUGACAACUCGGAGGAAGAGGAGGAGGAAGAUGAAGUGACUUACAAAAGGGAGCAGAUUAUAGUGGAGGUAAACCUUAACAACCAAACAUUAAAUGUAUCAAAAGGGGAGAAGGGUGUCCCCUCCCAGUCCAAAGAGACUGCUGUUCUUAAGACCAGCAGUGAGGAAGAGGAGGGUGACAGUGGGGAAGAGGCCACUGAAGACAGUAAUGAUGAUGAGGAAAAUGAGAGGCAGAAGAAAAAAGAGAAAAGAGUGGAAAAAGUUAGUGUUACCCAAAGGAGAACAAGGAGAGCUGCAUCUGCUGCAGCAGCCACAACUUCCCCUUCACCUAGAACCACAAGGGGCCGUAGAAAGAGUGUGGAGCCCCCCAAGCGUAAGAAGAAAGCUGCAAAGGAGCCCAAGGCACCUGUGCAGAAAUCAAAGUGUGAAGAAAAGGAGACUUUGACCUGUGAGAAGUGCCCCAGGGUGUUUAACACACGCUGGUACCUGGAGAAGCACAUGAACGUCACUCACAGGCGUAUGCAGAUCUGCGACAAGUGUGGGAAGAAAUUUGUUCUAGAAAGUGAGCUGUCUCUUCACCAGCAAACAGACUGUGAAAAAAACAUUCAGUGUGUUUCCUGUAAGAAAUCGUUCAAGAAGCUCUGGUCUCUCCACGAACACAUCAAGAUUGUUCAUGGAUAUGCAGAAAAAAAGUUCUCCUGUGAGAUCUGCGAAAAAAAGUUCUACACAAUGGCCCAUGUGCGGAAGCACAUGGUUGCACAUACAAAGGAUAUGCCAUUUACAUGUGAAACCUGUGGAAAAUCGUUCAAACGCAGUAUGUCGCUCAAAGUGCAUUCCCUUCAGCAUUCUGGAGAGAAACCUUUCAGAUGUGAGAACUGUGAUGAAAGGUUUCAGUACAAGUACCAGCUGCGUUCCCACAUGAGCAUCCACAUUGGGCACAAACAGUUCAUGUGCCAGUGGUGUGGCAAAGACUUCAACAUGAAACAGUACUUCGAUGAGCACAUGAAAACACACACUGGAGAGAAGCCUUUUAUCUGUGAAAUCUGUGGCAAAAGCUUCACCAGCCGCCCAAACAUGAAGAGACACCGCAGAACUCACACAGGGGAGAAGCCUUACCCAUGUGAUGUGUGUGGCCAGCGAUUUCGCUUUUCCAACAUGCUCAAGGCGCACAAGGAGAAGUGCUUCCGGGUCACAAGCCCCGUUAAUGUGCCACCUGCUGUUCAGAUCCCACUUACCACAACUUCUCCUGCUACUGCAGUCCUUUCUGUAGCAAACACACCCACCACCCCAACUCCACCCAUCAACCUGAACCCAGUGAACACGCUCCCUCCACGUCCCAUCCCCCAUCCAUAUUCACACCUUCAUCUCCACCCUCACCCACACCAUCCACACCAUCUCCCAGUCCCCCCAGUCCCUCAUUUACCCCCACCUCCAGCCCUUUUUAAGAGUGAGCCUUUAAAUCAUAGAGGCCAGAGUGAGGACAACUUUCUGCGACACCUGACAGAAAAAAACAUUUCAGCACAACACCACUAACACCUUUUCCUCCUGCCAGCUGUUUUUCCUCAUUUAUGCACAUGGAAACGUGCCCUCCUGGAAAUUGCAGAGGGAGAGCUAGUGAAGAUCUUUCAAUCUCUUUGUCCCCACUUGGAAGGUCCUGGUACACUCAUGAAUCAGUUAACGAACAAGAAAAUUCCAUUGGAUCAGCAGUGAUCAUUUGAACCAGGGGAACCAAAGGGACUGAAACCCAAUUUGCUUGCGUUCUACUGGUGACUUUUAUAAAUUUCAAAUACUGAGACUUGUGGAAUUUUAUAAUUUCAUAUCAGCUGAUGAGGUAUGCUUGCUUUUAUAUCCUGGACUUCUCCUCAAAGAGGGGAUAGGCCUGGUUUCCUUUGUACUAAUCGGAAAGGCUGUGAGAUUAAUACAGAGCAUUAAUUGUAUCACUGUGUAUCGUAAUGAAUUCUUUUCAGCUUUUGGUGCUGGCUACGGAGUGAGCCAGCCACGUAUCACAGUAUAUCAAGCAUUAUAGAGAAAGACAAAAAAAUUUGUUUGUGUAGCUCUCCUAAUGCACUCUUUAUUUUACUACAGAAAUUAUUUUAGAGUUUUUUGUAUAGACCUAUUUAGUAGUCUGUUUCUAAAAUGAAAUGUAUUUCAAUAAGCGGUGUAAUUUUUUCAGUGUAGCUGGACCUAUGUUGUAUAAUAGAUAAAAUUUUAUAAUCAUCAAAAUGUGAUUCUAAAAAGAUGCAAAUAGCUUCUAUAGUUAAAGUUAUUCUUACAUCCAUACAACUCAAAAGGUGCUUCAGAGAAGAGAGGGACCCAAGAGGUCUCUGGCAAGGCUGCCUCAGAAGUGGUGUUGAUUUCAGAACUUUUAUGUAAUUUAUUUAGUAGUUUUUAAACCUUACCUUUCCCCUUCCACAGUGUCUCUUAGGCUUAUUGAACAAAGACAUUGAGAUACAACACUCCUGCUCUGCAGGUUUCACUUAGUUCAGUUGGAUGGAAGUGUGGAAUGGGUUAGAAAGGAUUACAUCUGUGGGGUGAAAAGACUCAACAGCUCCUGAGCUAUGAAGUCACAGGUGAGUGAGAGAUCUGACUUAGGAGAGGGAAAUAAACUAUCUCAAGUCAGCCAAACAUAUCUUCUUUUAUAUAGGAAGGCCUGGUUUUAAUGUUUGUUUAUGGUAUGAUUUUAAUCUGGGGAUCAUAUCAAAUGCUGCUCAUUCAGAUUGCUUUUUUAAAAUUCCUGGACUUAGGAGAGGAGAAUUAAGUUAGAUUCACAAAUGUGGUGUUUGGUUGAUUGUAAGAAUGAGAAGAGAAGAAAUAUGAAUGGGGAAAUGGUGUUUAAGUAGACACAUUGCUGAGAAAAUGCAGUAUGUAUCCACAGUAUGGAGCUCUGUCCCAUAGCCAUGACAUAUUCAGACGAUAUGGGAUGAUAUUGAGUGGUUCAUAGUCCCAUUUUUGGGGCAAAUCUAGGUUUGACAGUUAUAGGUUAGAAACCUUUGAAUUUAGACAAGUCACUGUUUCAUAAUCUUGUGAGGCACUGAGUGAGUGGCAAAUGACAAGUUUGGUGCAGAGGUGGUGGGCUGGAAGGCCAAAUGUAUCUGUUUUAAUCAGUGAGUGGUUAUUUUUUCAGGUUUGUAUUUUUGUUUAAAUGACAUUGAAUAUAGCAGCAUUAUGCAAUCUAGGUAAUUAUUGCCACCCUCAAUGAAGAGACAUAGGCUCAGAGCCAUUGUACUGUAAGUUUCAAAAAUGUUUCCUACUAUUUUGUGCUGCUUUGUCAAUUGAAUCCCACCGAAACUCCAUCUCCAAAGACCCCAGUAGACAGAUUGCCAUUUUAGUUAAUGAACUGGGCUUUUGUGGCUGAUAGAUAUCUUCAAAGUAGCAGAAAUGGUGGGAAUUCUCCCUAGCAUUAUUUCUUCAAGUUUAAUGCUGUUAAUCACUAUUUUUUUGAAACACCACAUUCUGUCUUUUGGGAAUUAGCUCCUUAGUAGAUAUUUUACAAAGUUUCUGCCAUCUAAUCAUCAGUGCUUUCUUUUUUUCAUAGGAAAUUUUAGGAACAGGAAUUAGGCCCUUUUGGCCCAACUUAUUCAUUUUUGACUGAACUGAAAAUACACACACACCCCUCCCCCACCCCAUUUCUGAAGAAUAAAAGAAUGUGGGUUUUUUAAAUGUUUCUCUAUAAUAUUUAUAUACAUCCUUUAUCUCAUAGGUGAUAAAGCCAGUUAUGAAGGUGAAUUUACACUCAUGAUUAUGACUGUUGUAUUUACUGUGGCUGGUUCGCCCAGGAAAGUUUCUAUGCAUUCCAUGUCAUAUUUACAACCUACGUUUCUGUUGUGCCACGAUUUUAUGGUCAGGCCUGUUAUUAAAAUGAUUUUUAAAUGCUAAAACAAAAUCUUGGUAAAUGAAUUGUAAUCCAGUUUUGCAAAAUGAUUUUCUUCUCAAUAAAUUUACAGUAUUAGGCUGCUAUUCAAAA